GAUGACAAUAACUAUGGCGGCCGCCAGUGGUAGAUUUCAAAGUGCGAAGAGUAUCCAAGAUCGUAAAGAACAGACCCGGAUUGCCAGAGCUGAGGUGUUGCGCCAGGCUAAAGCCAAUUUUGAAAAAGAAGAACGGCGUAAAGAACUUAAGCGACUCCGGGGUGAGGAUACCUGGAUGCUACCUGAUGUGAAUGAGCGAAUUGAACAAUUCUCACAGGAACAUUCUGUGAAGAAAACAAAGAAAAAAGACAAGCAUUCAAAGAAAGUAAAGAAAGAGAAGAAAAAGAGCAAGAAACAGAAAUAUGAAAAAAACAAUGAUUCAUCUGAUAGUUCAUCAAGCUCUGAAGAUGAGUGGGUUGAGGCUGUUCCAUCCCAGACUCCUGGCAAGGGAAAGGCCUGGAAAGUGAAAGAUGAAAAGUCUGAAAAAGAAGAUGACAAUCAAGUUAUUCAGAGGGAUGAGUGGAUGACUCUUGAUUUUAUGUCUGUUAAAACUGUGUCGUCAUCAUCACUCAAAGCUGAAAAGGAAACUAUAAGGAAAAUAGAACAAGAGAAAACCCAAGCACUUGAACAGUCCAAACUGCUGGAAAGAGAAUUGAAUCCAUUCUGGAAGGAUGGUGGGACAGGUCUUCCACCAGAAGACUGUAGUGUAUCAUCACUUACUAAAGUUUCAGUAGUAGAAGACGGUGGAUUAAGUUGGCUAAGGAAAUCUUAUCAACGAAUGAAGGAACAAGCUGAGAAACAAAAUAGAAAUUUUGAGGACGUUGUAGCUGAAAGAUAUGGGUCAAUGGAAGUAUUUCAGUCGAAAUUAGAAGAAGCUGAAAAAACUGCUUCCAUAAAACAGGAUCAUAGACGAGAACGGUGGAGGAAACCAACAUAUUUGGAUAAAGCACAAAGUAGUCAAGAAAAUAGAAAAUCAGACUUAGUAAAAUAUCAAGAAAGUUCAAGGGAUAGAUAUGCUACAACAGAUAUUGCAAACAAUAGCAAUAAAUAUAAGUUUACUGGUGAUGAAAAAGAGAAAAGAUCUGGGUCUUUAGAAAGACGUGGAAGAGAAUCCAACCCAAGGCAAAAUCAAGAGCUUUCUUCUCCAGGUAAUUUGAGACAUAAAUUCUUAAGACCCUCUGAUGAUGAAGAACUGUCAUUUCGCAGCAAGGGCAGAAAUUUUCAAUCAUCUAGUUUACCUUCAGCAUUGGUAGCUCAGGGUUCUUUGCGUUGUGGUUUUCGAAAACCCACUGAGAACUGUGAAGAGAGUUUAACAUCAUGGAGUCAAUCUAAUGGGAGAGAAGGAGACAAGAAACAUUCAAAUCAAAAGCCACUGGAAGCGAGUAGCAGUGUUGAACACCAACAUAUUCCAGAGGACAUGAGAGAAAAAUCAGAAGAUGAAAGCCUGAGAAAUGACACAAAGUCUACAUUUGCUGGUAGUCUAGAGGAUGAGUCCAUCCACAUCCUGAGUGUUGAUGAGAAGAACAAGUUGGGAGCCAAGAUUAUCAAGGCAGAGAUGAUGGGGAAUAUGGAAUUAGCUGAACAACUUAAAGCUCAACUUGAAAAGGCAAAUAAAUUCAAAGAAACUGUGACACAGAUAUCAUCAAAAAAAUCUGGGGUAGAGAAUGAAGAUCAGCAAGAAGUGAUCCUUGUCAGAACAGAUCAGUCUGGAAGAGUAUGGCCUGUAAACACACCAGGAAAACCUCUGGAAUCAAAAGGAGGAAGAAGGAAGAGACAGAUGGUUUCAACCCAUGAGGAAAGAGAAAGGAUCAGAUACUUUCAUGAUGAUGAUAAUCUAAGCCUGAAUGAUUUAGUCAAAAAUGAAAAGAUGGGAACAGCAGAAAACCAAAACAAACUUUUUAUGAGAAUGGCAUCUAAGUUUAUGGGGAAAACAGAUGGAGACUAUUAUACUCUGGAUGACAUGUUUGUCUCCAAAGCAGUCGAGAGAGAAUGUCUUGGUGAAGAGGAAGAGAACCAGAGGAAAAAAGCUAUUGCUGAGCAUCAGAGUCUUGUUGCACAAAUGGAAAAAUGUCUGUACUGUUUUGACAGCUCUCAAUUUCCCAAGCACCUUAUUGUUGCAGUAGGUGUUAAGGUUUACUUAUGUUUACCCAACUUCCGAUCUCUUACUGAGGGGCACUGCCUGAUAGUACCUUUGCAGCACCAUAGAGCAGCUACCUUACUGGAUGAAGACAUCUGGGAGGAAAUUCAGAUGUUCAGAAAAUCAUUGGUAAAGAUGUUUGAAGUUAAGGGAUUGGACUGCAUCUUUUUAGAGACUAAUAUGAGCAUGAAGAAACAGUAUCACAUGGUUUAUGAAUGCAUUCCUCUUCCAAAGGAAGUGGGUGAUAUGGCUCCCAUCUAUUUUAAGAAAGCCAUAAUGGAAUCUGAUGAAGAGUGGUCUAUGAACAAGAAGUUAAUUGAUCUCUCCUCUAAAGAUAUCAGGAAGUCUGUACCCAGAGGCUUACCUUACUUCUCUGUGGACUUUGGCCUUCAAGGAGGGUUUGCGCAUGUUAUUGAAGAUCAACACAAAUUCCCUCAUUACUUUGGAAAGGAAAUAAUUGGUGGAAUGCUGGAUAUAGAACCAAGACUUUGGAGGAAAGGAAUCCGAGAAAGCUUUGAAGAUCAGAGGAAGAAAGCACUGCAGUUUGCUCAGUGGUGGAAACCAUAUGACUUCCCCAAAAGUAAAAAAUGUUGAAGCGUACGUUUCAUUUUUACUAUCCUCUUCAGGUCCCAUUCAAUUUUAUUUCCAUUGCAUCUGCAUAAACAACUGACCCUUAGGUCACAGGUAAAGAGAGUCACAGCAGCAAACUCCUCUGGGUAUCUGACAACCAUGCAUCAUUGUUUUCCUCCCCACCUGUUCCUGUGGACUUCAUUUUAGUGACCAUGGAGUAAGGGCAGAUAUUUUGGAUGACCUGCUCACAUUCCUGUUCUGUACUUACUUCCUGGUGUUCAAAACUAGACAGUUUAUUUAGAGAAGGCUUUUUUGAAGGGAUAUCUACGAAGCAUAGCAAAUCUUUUGUUCAGAGGGAAGUGGGUCUACUUCGAGGUUAAGUCUAUUGCCUAGCUUCUUUUACAGUUUUUAUAAUAAGACUUGGUAUAUUCAGUAAUAAGUGCAAUUUCUUUCUGUAGGAUUUUAUAGAAGAGAUCUUAAUUUUCUACCACUAGCAUAUAGUAUGACUACUAUACCUUUUGUUAAAGGAAAAAUAAUGUUUCAAAAGUA